AUGAAAAUUACACCUAAGGAUGCUCACAAUUGUUGCAUAGGUUUUGAUGAAAACGUUUCGUUGUUCGCCGUAUACGACGGUCAUGGAGGACACGAGGUUGCUACGUAUUGCGCACGUAAUCUCCCUGAUUUUAUCAAACAGACAGAAGCUUAUAAAACAAGCGAUAUUAGACAAGCUUUAAUAGAUGCUUUCCUCGGUUUCGACGAAACUCUUACGAAACCGGAGGUAGUCAAUGUUCUCAAAGAGCUCGCAGGGACGUCUACAUCAGAGAAAAAGGAGAAUGACUCGAACGAAUCUGAUGAAGAAGAGAAUGUUAAUAAUCUGUGUAUGGAGGCGACAAUGCCAUUGGAGCAAGUAAUGGCAAAAUAUCAGUCAGAGGUAUCGAAUCCUCAUCUAAAAAAUCUGAAAGGCGAAAAAUGUGGUAAACGCGCAUUUGCGAGUCCUUUUUUGCGAGGUCGGAGAGGACGAGAGAAAGCAAGUGGUUCAUCCUCUGGCGCAGGAUGUUCAUCGUCGCCGUCACCGCCACCAACAUCGUCGUCGUCUUCAUCUUCGUCCGGUUGGAAUACGAACGAAACAGACGUAAGUAGUUCCAGCCAGCCGUGUGGAUCAGCUCUGUCUAGCACAGUGGAGCGAAAAGAUUCCGAUGGUCCGGGAAGUAAUGAAGCUGAGCAAGUACUGGAUUCGACAACGAGCAACGGCAGCGCUCAUGCAUCCCCACCAGUGGUAUCUACUGAGGAUGUAGAAACUGCUAAAUCUAUGGAUAUGCCCGAUAGCUCUGAAGAUGUAAAAGAGAAAGUAUCGAGUCCGGGCAAGACACCACCGUGCGCGGAGUCUAAUGCGAAUGAGGUGGAAGUUAAUGGCGCAGAAUCGAAGAGGAUCGGAGAUGCAGACAGCAGUAAAGGUGGAGGAGACAAUGUGUCGAGCAGUUCUUGUAUCCCUGUGGAAAACGGAGAUGCGGGUCAACAAGAACGGAUAACUAGCAGUGGUCGAAGAAGAAUUCAGCCUGUGGAUCUUUAUCAAAGUCUACUGAAAAAGGACAGUGAUGAUUCUGAGGAAGACGAUGAUGAUGAUGAAAAUGAUGAAACCUUUGAUGGUGUCCCUGAAAGUGACGGUGAUGAUACGGAAGAUGUUGAUGAGGAUGAAAGUGACGAAGAUGACGAUGAUGAAGUAGAAGAGGAAGAUAUAGAUGAUUCUGACGAUGAUACUGAUGAUCUCAUGGUGAACACUGAAAAGCCCGGUGCGGACAGUGGAUGCACAGCAGUUGUAGCGAUACUCAAGGAAAACGAAUUGUAUGUGGCUAAUGCUGGAGAUUCUCGGUGUGUUCUAUGCAGGGAUGGCCAGGCAAUCGAACUUAGUCUGGACCAUAAACCCGAAGACGCACCAGAAAUGGAACGUAUAGUAAAAGCAGGUGGAGAGGUGACAAACGACGGCAGAGUGAAUGGCGGCCUCAAUCUUUCCAGAGCGCUCGGUGAUCAUGCGUAUAAGCAAAACAUGGUAUUACCACCCCAGGAACAAAUGAUCUCGGCUCUGCCGGACAUAAGGCAUAUUACAAUCGAUCCAGAGAAAGACGAAUUUAUGAUACUAGCUUGCGAUGGCAUAUGGAACUUUAUGACCAGUCAAAACGUCGUUCAGUUUGUGCGCACCCGUUUAUCACAAAAUUACGAAAACAUUUCGAAAAUCUGCGAAGAGCUCUUUGAUCAUUGUCUUGCACCGGAUACUCUCGGCGAUGGGACGGGCUGCGAUAACAUGACUGCCGUAAUAGUUAAAUUUACAUCACCGGCAACCGAAACUGUUAAAAAUAAUACCGUUGCUGAGGUAUGCGUUACAAAGAAGCGAUCGGUUUCGCCAACUGCUGAGGAAAACAACGAGUGUAUCCCGGGAGAAAACACAGUAAAUCCCUGUAAACGCGCUAAAACUGAGGCAGCUAUGUGAAUUAGGAGUCACCACGCGUCAUGAACUGAUCUCCGGGAGCGGACGAAUGAAUGUGAGUUUAUGUAAAAUUAUAUAACAACUUUAUAUUGUUGUGUAGAACUGGAACCAAUUGGUUAUACAGUAACAAGCACAUGAAAUAGUGUGUAAGGUGUGUUAUUCGUCGCUGCUAACAGACUGCUAGAUUGGAGCACGUGGGAAUGAUAUAACUUAGUUUUGUUAAUAACGCAUAUGAAUAAUUUCUCGAUCACAAUAAAAUAAAUAACGCAUAUGAAGAGAAAU